CAGUACUAAUACAGUAAUAGUUCGCCCAUUUGCACAAUUGAAUGCAAUUGCAUAUCUUUGUGCAAUACUGUAUUCACUUCAUAGUGUUUGUUCGCCACAACAACUGCAAUACCAGUCAAUAGUAUUGAACACUCAUUCAAAUCGGUAUUCAAUAUAACAUUGCGGGCAUUGAGUGGACACUCAUUGUGACACUCAUUGUGACACUCAUUGACACGAUUGACUCGCUGUGUGACAGUCUGUGCGAGUGAUGACCGGUUUCGUGACGUGUGGGCCCAAUGAGGCUCUCGUGGUGUCGGGGUGUUGUCAUCGCCGUCCACUGAUGGUUCCGGGCGGACGUGUGUUCGUGUGGCCCGUCAUCCAGAAGGUGCAGAGGAUAACACUGAACACAAUGACUCUGACCAUAGAGUCCCCGCGCGUAUACACCCAACAGGGAGUUCCCAUAUCCGUGACGGGCAUCGCACAGGUGAAGAUCCAGGGACAGAACGCAGACAUGUUGAGGGCUGCCUGCGAACAGUUCUUAGGCAAGUCUGAGGACGAGAUAAUGAACGUCGCGAGAGAGACACUGGAGGGCCACCAGAGGGCUAUCAUGGCCUCCAUGACCGUCGAGGAGAUCUACAAGAAUAGGAAGAAGUUCUCGAAGAAGGUGUUCGAAGUGGCGUCGAGUGAUUUGGUGGACAUGGGCUUCACUGUGGUCUCCUAUACCAUCAAAGACAUCAGUGAUGAGGAGGGAUACCUGAAAGCCCUGGGAUUGGCGCGAACGGCAGAAGUGAAGAGAGACGCGCGCAUUGGCGAAGCGGAGGCCAAAAGGGAUGCUCUCAUUAAGGAGGCGCUCGCGGAGGAGGAACGGAUGGCCGCCCGCUAUGUCAACGACGCAGAGAUAGCCAAAGCCCAGCGCGACUUCGAGCUCAAGAAGGCUGCCUAUGAUGUGGAGGUGUUCUCCAAGAAGGCUGAGUCGGACCUCUCCUACAAUCUACAGGCGGCCAAAACACGCCAACGCAUCAAAGACGAACAAAUGCAGGUGAAGGUGAUUGAGCGGACGCAGGAGAUCCAGGUGCAGGAACAGGAGAUCGUGCGCAAGGAGAAGGAGUUGGAGGCGACGGUGCGAAAGCCGGCCGAAGCGGAGAAGUACAAGUUGGAGAAGUUGGCGGAAGCGCACAGGAAUAAGAUCAUUAUGGAGGCCGAGGCAGAGGCUGAGGCGCUGCGACUGCGAGGAGAGGCCGAGGCGUUCGCCAUUGAGGCCAAAGCGAAGGCAGAAGCGGAACAAAUGGCCAAAAAGGCGAACGCAUACAAGGAGUACGAGUCGGCCGCCAAAAUCGAUAUGAUUUUGGAAACUCUGCCUAAGAUUGCCGCUGAAGUGGCCGCACCGUUAGCUCAAUGCAAUAAAGUGGUUAUGAUUAGCAAUGGCGACAGUGAGGUGGGCGCCGGCAAACUGACGGGUGAAGUGCUCGACAUCAUCACUAAAGUCCAUGUGGCUGUCUCCCAACUCACGGGAGGCACUCCUUUGGCUAACGUAAGUGGACCUAAGAAUCAUCGCCCGUCCGCUACACUUGUAAACCCAUAACAUGUUUGCCAUCCCUUUCCUCUUAUCCCUUUCCUCUUAUCCCUUUAAUAUUGUUGAAAUGAGUCUCAAUUUAUGAACAAAUUAUACUGUAUAUGAUUAUAUGAUUAUAUGAUUUACAAUAUUUUUAAUGAUUAUGCAUUUUAUUUAUUUAUAUAUUAUUUUGUUAUUUUGAUUAUAAGAAUG